GACGACAAAUAGACUGUGCCGCCAUGCUACGUGCCAUCUUGAGUGAGCAAACUCUUAAUGGUAUCGUUUUACUGCGUAAACAUCUUCAAGCUGCAGCUCUUAACAAUAUAAUGGGGACUGUCUUUGGUAAAAGAUAUGACCUGACAAAAUGCAACGCUGAAGCCAGAGAGUUACAAGAGAUGCGCUGCUCUACUCUUGUCCCUCGAGUGAAGAAUCUUGUAAAGAAAAUCAUUGAAGAGCACCGGAAUCAAUCACAAAAGCUCUCUGAUAGUUCUGAUUUUAUUGAUGUUUUGCUAUCUUUGGAUGGUACUGACAUGCUUUGCGAGGAUGAUACCGUGGCAGUCUUAUGGGAAAUGAUUUUUCGUGGCACUGACACGACAGGGCUUUUAACUGAGUGGGUGAUGGCCGAGUUGGUCUUAAACCCUGAUAGCCAGACCCAAUUACAUCAAGAGCUUGAUCUUGUCGUAGGAGACAAGACCGUGACAGAUGCUGACGUGGCUAAAUUACCUUACCUUCAAGCUGUAAUCAAGGAGACACUACGUGUACACUGUACACCCACCUGGUUCACUUCUUUCCUGGGCAAGACUUUCCUCGUCCCACUCGUGUUCAAGCCAGAGAGGUUCAUGAGGAGUUUAGGUGGCGUUGAUGUGAAGGUGAGGGGUGGUGACUUGAGGCUUGCCCCGUUUGGCGCCGGACGCAGGGUUUGUCCAGGAAAGAACUUAGGACUGGUGACGGUUAGCCUUUGGGUGGCAAAAUUGGUGCACCAUUUUGAGUGGGUUCGAGAUCCGAUGAACCCAGUUGACUUGACUGAGGUGCUUAAACUAUCAUCUGAGAUGAAGAACCCUCUCUGUGCCAAGGCAAUUCCACGACGUUGCCUACAUACUUCUUAGAUGUUACACGAAGCCUCAACGUGUCUGUUGUGUCUGAUUACCCUAUCCAAUUUAUAAUUUUAUAUUGUUGAAAUAGGUUGAAAUGUAGAAUGGCAAAGCUCCACAUGGCCACAUCGAGAAGAGGGAAAAAAGUAGAAAAACGAGGGUAAAAGUCUUUAUGUAUGUUAAGCUUUUGAGUAAUGCUAGGGACACUCGCCAAUUGCA